UCAUCCUAAGUCCUAACAAGCCGUUAGAUUUCCGGUGUUCACCCUCAUAGCCGCCAGCCAGAACUCUUCCACCGCCAACAGCUAACAUGCCUAACAAUACAUUCACCGUACACAGAUAACCUUCCCCUUCUACAAAUUCACCUACAAACUACAAUCCCUUUUUACUCCAAAUUUUUAUGCUGUACGGACACUGGUAUUUCAAGCUCCUGCCCGAUUUCGAUUCGCAUCACCAACCCUUACAAAUGACUCCCAAAUCAGAACCGAUGUAGAACCUAGAAGCGAGAGUGAAUUGAAGAGAAAGGAAAGAGGCUGGCACAAUUUGACAGGUCGUCAUCUACCUUGUGGGAACUCACAACCUUAACUGUUUGGGAUCACUUGGGUGAAUUUUCCAUGCCAAAAGUUCUCCACAAUACUCCGUAGAAGAUAAGGAUGGGAAUCGGCGGGGAGAGGCAAGUUUCAGCCUUGCAAAUAAAUCUAAAUGUAUUUACUGCCAUUUGAUCAUUUGCGGACAGCCUAGUUCCGUAUUACUACUCAUUUUCAUCUUCAAUCCUUGGAAUCUUGAGGUUGCAUUUUAUCUGUUUGCUGCAAUGGCUUCGAGUUUCAGAGGAAAGCAGCACAUGAAAACGAUAUUAAAGCACAGUAGAACCCAAUUUCUAAACGUCUUCCCUAAAACAUCGCAAAAUACGCAACAACAAAAAUAUCUCCUCCCCUGUGUCACACCCUUUUCAACCCAAGCAUCCAAAUUCCCUGAAUAUGAAAUGCCUUCUGUCACAUGGGGCGCAAUCCAAGGUCGUAAAGAGAAGCUCGUGUCACGGGUUAUAGUUUGUGACUAUCUAAAAAGUAUAGGUAUAGUUCCAGAUGAGUUAGAGGAUCUGGAGUUACCCUCAACUGUGGAAGUAAUGCGGGAGCGUGUAGAGUUCUUGCAGAAAAUAGGCCUAACGAUUGACGACAUAAACGAGUAUCCACUAAUGCUGGGGUGUAGUGUGAGGAAAAACGUGAUUCCCGUGUUAACCUAUUUGGAAAAGAUUGGGAUUUCAAAGCCAAAGCUUGGGGAGUUUGUGAAAAAUUAUCCUCAGUGUCUAAAUGCUAGUGUUGUGGUUGAGCUUGUUCCAGUCAUCAAGUUUCUGAGAGGAUUUGAUGUGGAGAAGCAAGAUAUUGGGUAUGUCUUGAUGAAAUACCCGGAGCUAUUAGGGUUUAAGCUUGAGGGGACAAUGAGUACGUCUGUGGCAUACUUGGUUAGUAUAGGGGUUAAUCCAAGAGAUAUAGGACCAAUGGUUACACAAUAUCCUUACCUUUUGGGGAUGAGAGUUGGGACAAUGAUUAAGCCUCUUGUCGAUUAUUUGGUUUUGAUAGGCCUCCCAAAGAAAAUUUUAGCCAAGAUGCUUGAAAAACGGGCAUAUUUACUUGGAUAUGAUCUUGAAAAAACUGUGAAACCUAAUGUGGACUGUUUGACCAGUUUUGGCAUUAAGAAGGACUUUCUCCCUUCUGUCAUAGCACAAUACCCCCAGAUCCUUGGUUUGCCUUUGAGGGCAAAGCUGUCUUCUCAACAGUACUUCUUCAACCUAAAGCUAAAGAUUGAUCCUGAUGGGUUUGCUUGUGUGAUUGAGAGGAUGCCACAAAUUGUCAGUCUUAACCAACAUCAGAUAAUGAAACCUGUUGAGUUCCUUCUGGGGCGGGGGUUUUCAUCUAAUGAUGUUGCAAAGAUGAUUGUGAAAUGCCCUCAGUUGGUUGCUCUGCAAGUUGGGCUCAUGAAAAACAGUUUCUACUUUUUCAAAAGUGAAAUGGGCAGGCCUAUGAAAGAACUUGUUGAGUUUCCAGACUACUUUACAUAUAGUCUGGAGUCGAGAAUAAAACCUAGACACCAGAGGCUACAAAGCAAGGGAGUCAAAUGCUCACUGGCUUGGUUUCUCAACUGCAGUGACCAAAGAUUUGAAGAGAGAUUAUAUGGUGAUUUUAUAGAAGCUGAAAGUAGUGGUCCAUCUUUUGUGAUGGGCGGGAAGUUAGAAUUGCCAGGAACUGAGAUUUUAUCAGAAGAUGAUGAUGACAGUGAUGAUGAAUUACUUUACAAGCGGACUGUCUCUCUGUGAGUUCAAGAAUCUAAUACCAAGAUCAGGAGCAUUUUUACCAUUUGGAUUGGGCAGCAGAUUGUGCCCCGGAAACGAUCUUGCCAAACUCGAAAUAUCAUUUUUUCUGCACUAUUUCCUGCUCGGUUAUGAGCUGGAGAUAGAUAAUCCUGACUGCCCAUUGAUGUAUUUACCACAUUGUAGGCCUAAACACAACUGUGUCACUGUGUGGGAAAAGUGAGAAGAUCAGCCUGACUCUGAGGCUGUGAUGAUGUUAAAUGAAAAAGGAUACCCGCCUAUAGUGAUGAUUGUAAUGAAACUACGUAAAUCAUAUAUAAUUUCUGUGUUACUAGCAAAACUUCAAUAUAAUCAAAUAAUAAUAAAUUAGUAUUAUGUGCAUUUUUACGGGAAUAAAGAC